GAUGUUGCGGCUAUCGGCGGGGUUGCGGCUCGAGCUGGCGCAGGCGGAGGAUUUGCCGGCCGCUCUCGGCGACGCGCACACGCGGCUGCAACAGACGCGCGCACGCGCACUGGCGGCGGUGCUCGGCACGCACCGGGAGGGGGUGCCGCUGGCUCUGUCGCAGCAGGUGGCGCUGCUCCUCGCGAUCCUCGACGGGCGCGCCGCCGCGCCUCGACCACCUUGCCACCGCCGCGCCCGCCACCGCUGCCGAGGAGGUGGCGGGUUUGCUCGAUAAGCUGCGCGCCUCGCCCACCGCCGCCGCCGCAUUGCGCGCCGUCGACGAGAGCGAGGAGCUGGCGCCGCCGGAAGAGUCGGCUCUGCUCGCCGCCAUCGCCGAGCACAUGCCGCGUGCGGGCGGGCGUGGUUUGUUUGCCUCGUGGCAGACGACUGCGACUGCGACUCGGAGUUGAUCCGCAUGCAUUUUAUAUUUUAUUGCACGUUGCUCGUUGGCCCUCGGGUUCGACGUGUUUCGUGUUCCGGCGCGCGAUACAAGGCCCAAGCAGCCAUCAAGAGAGAGAGUUUAGGCUUUAGCCUCCAGCUGCGCGGCAUUUGAGUGGCGCAGUGGCUUCUGGUGCAAUCUCAUGGGUACGACGGCGUCAACGCCUCGGGU